AUGACUAUGAACCCUUACCUGAGCUGGGCACUCCUGCUCGUUGUGGCAGGCAGCCUUGGCUGGUACUACACGAAUGGCUCGGCCCCCAAAGCCACCAAAACCCCCGUCCGGGCUGUUGUCGAGAAGGCCGAGGCCACAGUAGCGCCCAAGAAACAAAAGCGGAAGCCCGUCCCCCAGCCGGCCAAGAAGUCUGAGGUGAAGACCGUGAUCUCACCUCCUACUAGCGAGGAGGAGGAGCAGGCGGAGGACGACGUUGACCGCAAGGAGAUGGCUCGUCGCCUCGCUGCGAUCAAGAACGGCACCUCCCCCGCUACAGCUCCCUCCACCAAGAACCAGAAGAAGAAGGCCAAGAAGGCCAAUCAGCUGGAGAGUGGCUCCCACGCCUCUUCCACCACCGGCGCCGAUGCUGAUGAUGAUCUUUCCCCUGCCGUCUCCCCGCAGGUGAAUGCUGUGCGUUCCGCCGGCUACGUGUCCGACAUGCUUGAGGCCCCCGCCCCCGCUGCCUCUGUUCUCCGCGUCACCGGAAAUGUCGAGUCGGCGCCCAAGAAGGAGAAGGUCCAGUCCUUCAAGCAGGUUGAGAACAAGAAGCAGCGCCAACAGCGCCUGAAGAACGAGACCCGCAAGGAACAGGUCCGGGAGGCGGAAGAGCAGCGCCGGCAGUUGCUCGAGAAGCAAUUGCACACCGCUCGUGAAUCUGAGCGCCGUGAGGCUGCCCGGUCUCAGGCCCCUGCCACCAACGCUUGGCAAACCAAGGAAGCCCCCAAGGCCAACGGUACCAAGGCUGUUCCUGCCCCCGCCCCGACUUCCGCCCCAGUGCAGCUCCUUGAUACCUUUGAGUCCGCCCCCACCCAGAAGAAGUGGGCCCAGGAACUUCCUUCCGAGGAAGAGCAGGUGCGUAUCCUCGGUGCUGCCAACGGUGUCGAUGAGUGGACUACCGUCUCCAAGAAGCCCAAGAAGAAGGGCACCAAGGCCGAUGAGAGCGUCAGCGAUGCCAGUGCCUCUGAGAGCCAGGCCGCUCCUGCGGCACCCCUCCCAGUUGAGCCUAAGGUGACAGUGACUCCCACCUACCUUCCGGAUAUCCUGCGCUCCACUGAGAAGGGUCACCCCUUGGACUCGGACUGGGCUGCUUAA